AUGUCAGUGUAUCUCUCUGGCCUGGGGAAACAUGGCAUUUCACUCUGGUGGUUGUUUGCUGUGCUGCUGCUGCUGCUCCCUCAUCUUAUGUGUGAGGAAAGUGAAGAAAGUUCCACUUAUGAGCUUUGCAAUAACUGUUCUUAUUGCUGUACAAACUACCAAGACAAUUUGUACAAGCCUGGAGAAGCCAUAAUUGGUGGUGUCCUCUCUCUAGCAUAUCCUCAUGAAUAUGAUCUACAGUGGAAAGAAGCUCCAAAGAGGAUCUAUCAAAUUACAGGGCCAGCCAUCGAGGAGCUGAAUGUGAUGCUGGUUCCCCACCUGGAAGCUCACGGCAAUGCUUGCAGCAACAUCCCCAUGCUGCAGAAGGUGCUCCUUGGCCUAUGCUACCUCACCAUGGGAAACUUCCAGUGGGAUACAGAAGAGUGUGAGCACUUGAGGGAUCAGUUCUUUGCCAUCACAGGCUUCCUCGCCAUCCUGAGGGCCCUUGAUGGCACCUUCAUCCCAAUACUGGAAUCUGCCCAGAACUCCCACAUUUACAGGAACUACCACCACCAGUAUGACAUCAACAUGAUGGGAGUGUGUGAUGCCCAUGACAUCCUCACCUUUGUGAAUACCACAAUGGCUCCUCAACUGGGUGUGGCUGAUGGUCUCGUGCAACAAUAUUAUCAGCAUUUUUUCUCAUUUCAUUUUGCCAUUCUGGAGAUCAAUAACAACCCCAGGUUGUUGCCCAAUAUCACUCUGGGGUACCACAUCUACAACAACUUGUUUAAUGGAAGGAUAACAAGUGAGAUUAUCAUGGAUCUACUCUUCAAACAGCAACAGAAGAUAUGUAAUUAUAAGGAUGAUAGGAAAAUGGAAGUGUUAGCUGUCAUUGGAGGUUUUAAAGCAGACCAUGCCAUCCAGAUGAAUACCAUCAUGGGUCUCUACAAGAUCCCACAGCUCACCUACGGUGCAUACGAUGCUCCACUCAGGGGGAAAACUGUAUUCCCUGCUUUGUACCAAAUGUCACCGAGGGAAACGGCUCUGCACUUGGGGAUUGUCCAGCUACUCCUGCAUUUUGAGUGGACAUGGGCUGGGCUCAUUGUUUCAAAUGAUGAUGCUGGAGAAAGCUUUGCACAGAUUUUGACAUCUCUGCUUUCUGAGAAUAACAUCUGUGUUGCCUACAUGCACACAUUUGGAGAAAAAAUAAAAGAUUGGCAUGAAGAUGGCAUGAAACUUCAUUCAAUGGUACAUCAAGACAUGAUAUUCACUACAGUCAAUGUGGUCAUUGUAAGUGGGGAUACUAGCUCUCUGCAGGAUCUUGCAUAUAUGUUAUCAAACAUUUUCCGAGGGAAAUAUUUCGAUAAGGUUUGGCUCGCAACACCUCGGUGGGAUAUCAGCCAAGAAUGCAUUUCAGACCCCUUGUCUCCUUGUUUCCAUGGUGCCUUGUCCUUCUCAGUCCACAGAAAACCAGUUCCAGGUUUUUACAACUUUCUCAAAAACCUAAAACCCGAUGAAUGCAUGAUGCACUUUAUCUAUAGAUUUUGGGACACUUCAUUCCAAUGUUAUGUUUUUGAUGAAAUGCAGGAUUUUGAAAAAAAGUGUAGCGGAAUGGAAAGAAUUGGGAUUAACCGCACACCUUUUUUUGAGCUGGAUAUGACUAGUGAAAGCUACGCUCUCUACAAUGGUGUCUAUGCCAUAGCAUAUGCAUUGCAUAACAUUCAUAUUUCAGGGCAAAACCUCAUGAGGAAUAGAGCAAAAUUCAAACAGUUGAAUGUUCAGACUUGGCAGCUCAACUCUUUCCUGGAAAACGUCCAUUUUAACAAUGGGGCUGGGCAUGAAGUCUUGACUGAAAAUGGGAGAGUCUCAGCUGGCUAUGAUAUCAUCAACUGGGUCGAAGUCCCCAAUGGCACUUACCAGAAAUUCCAAGUUGGGCAUAUUUCAGCAAGCCACGAGCUCACCAUCAAUGAGGAUGCCAUUGUGUGGAGUAAGAUUUUUAACCAGACAAAGCCUCAUUCCCAGUGUGUUGAGAGAUGCCACUUUGGACAGCACAGGAUGGUCCAGGAAGGGCAGCCCACUUGCUGCUAUGACUGUACUCCAUGCCCAGAAGACAUGUUUUCUAAUAAGGCAGACGCAGUUCAUUGUGACAAGUGCCCUGAAGAUCAAUAUCCAAAUGAAAACAAGGACCAAUGUAUUCCCAAGGUUAUAACUUUCUUGACGUAUGAUGAGCCCUUAGGGAUCACUUUGGUUUCACUUGCUGUUUCCUUUUCUUUCAUCACAAUUUUUGUAUUCCAAACCUUUCUCAGGAACUGGAAUACUCCCAUUGUCAAAGCCAACAAUCAGAACCUCACCUGCCUUCUUCUCAUCUCCAUCCUGCUUUGCUACUUGUCUUCUCUCCUAUUCAUUGGCAAACCUCGGAACGCCACCUGCCUUCUCCGACAAGCAGCCUUCGGCAUUGUCUUCUCUGUUGCAAUUUCUUGUGUGUUGGCAAAAACAAUCAUUGUCAUCCUAGCUUUCCUGGCCACAAAGCCAGGCAACAGGGUGAGGAAAUUUCUAGGGCAGAAAGUAGCAAAUGCCAUUGUUCUUUUUUCUUCCCUCGUUCAAGUGGGCAUUUGUACUGUUUGGGUGUCAACCUCUCCUCCCUUCCCAGAUGCUGACAUGCACUCACAGACUGGACACAUCAUACUGGAAUGUAAUGAAGGCUCCAUCACCAUGUUCUGCUGUGUACUGGGUUACAUUGGCUUUCUUGCCAUCAUCAGCUUCAUUGUAGCUUUCCUAGCCAGAAAAUUGCCGGAUACUUUUAAUGAAGCCAAGUUCAUCACCUUCAGUAUGCUGCUGUUUUGCAGUGUUUGGGUGUCCUUUAUUCCAGGCUACUUGAGCACUAAGGGGAAAUAUGUUGUGGCUGUGGAGGUUUUUGCCAUCUUGGCUUCCAAUACUGGACUAUUGAUUUGUAUCUUCCUUCCAAAAUGUUACAUUAUUCUUCUGAGAGCUGAUCUGAAUUCUAGGAAAUUACUACAAGGAAACACAUAA